AUGCUGUUGCAAACUAUUUUUGGUGAAGCCAAAACCUUCCUUGACAACCUCCACAAUGAGCGAGAAGAGGUUAUCCGGAUCUGCAGAGACAUCAACUCACAUUCAAAAAAGCUUAUCUUUUCGGUACAUCGAGCCUCGGCACAUUCUCCAAAUCGGGCCGUGGUAGAAAAUCACCUAAAAAUAUUGGCAGAAAAACUUGCCACAUUGUACUAUGGCUAUGCCCAAAAUGAGUCUUAUUACUCCUACAAAGGUACCGUAUCCAAUUGCAUCGAAGAAUUGAUCGAGGCGUUACUUUUUGCCUACUAUUUAGCCCAUCGCACUCUUUUGCUGUUUGAGAAUUUACAGUAUAUUGUGGUAUUUCUCAUCCAAAGUUAUAAUUACGAGACCAAGCAAGCCAACGAAGAGCCAUUAGCAAAUUGCAUUGAUUUGCUCCUUUUCCAGCCGGAAAAAACACCGCAAAUUGAUCCCCAAAAUCGGCUGCAAUUCGCGCAUAUGUCCAACUCGGUAUUUUUGCCGGGCGAUUAUUUUAUGGGUAUUUUCGACUUUACGGGCGAAUUGAUGAGAUACACCAUAACCGAAAUGGCGCAAAGAGACGCCUCGUCGGUGGGAAUAAGCCCCGACGUGCUCGGAAAUUUGCAAUUUUUACGCCUGCUAUAUUCUCAUGUCACCUUGCUUGUGUCGAAAUAUCCCCACCUAAAUGUUUCACGAGGCACAUUCACCACAGAUAAGAAACAGACAGCCACGUUGAGAAAAAAAUUGGAGGUUUUUCGCCAAUCUGUAGAAAAAGUCGAGAGUGCAAUUUGUGGUGCUGCGAUCAACGGAAACGAGCCCACAAUGGCUAGUGUUGAAGAGUUAUGA